AUGGGGGUUCGCUUCCUUGAUAUCGUCAAGCCAUUCUGCGCUAUAUUGCCCGAAAUCGCUAGGCCUGAGCGCAAGAUUCAGUUCCGUGAAAGAGUAUUAUGGACGGGCAUCACUCUAAUGAUCUUCCUCUUUUGCUGCCAAAUUCCUCUCUUCGGCAUUAUGUCGUCGGAGUCAGCUGACCCUCUUUACUGGCUCCGCGUCAUUUCAGCAUCUAACAAGGGAACUUUGAUGGAACUCGGCAUCUCGCCAAUAAUCACGUCUGGCUUGAUUAUGCAGCUCCUGGCAGGAAUUCAGGUUUUAUCAAACUCUUUAUCGUAUUUAGUAUUCGGUAUGGUAAUAACUGUUGGCCAAGCUUCUGUGUACGUUAUGUCGGGCAUAUACGGCGCCCCCAGUGAUCUUGGUGCAGGGAUCUGCCUUCUGAUCAUCCUUCAGCUUACUUUCGCCGGGCUACUUGUUCUUAUGCUGGACGAGUUGUUGCAGAAAGGCUAUGGUCUAGGUUCUGGAAUCUCCUUGUUCAUAGCGACCAACAUCUGUGAAACGAUAAUUUGGAAAGCCUUCAGCCCGACGACAAUUAACACAGGCCGAGGUACCGAAUUUGAGGGGGCAAUCAUAUCACUUUUCCAUCUUUUGGCUACGAGGACGGACAAAGUUCGUGCCCUCAGAGAAGCCUUCUAUCGCCAGAACUUGCCGAAUCUCAUGAAUAUUCUUGCUACUGUUUUGGUCUUCGCUGUCGUCAUAUAUUUUCAGAGUUUCCGGGUGGAAAUUGCGGUGAAGUCCAUUCGUCAUCGUGGACAGUCAACUUCAUACCCCAUCAAACUGUUUUACACUAGUAACGCGCCAAUCAUGCUACAGAGUGCUCUGGUUUCCAACCUUUAUGUUAUCUCGCAGAUGCUCUCCAGCAAAUUCCGAGGCAAUUUUCUGAUAAAUCUUCUGGGAAUUUGGUCUGAUGGUGAAGGCGGUUCCCGCUCAGCGCCCAUUGGUGGUCUAUGCUAUUACAUGACACCACCGGAUUCUUUUACACAAAUGCUGAUGGAUCCAAUCCACGGUGUUAUUUAUAUCGCGUUUAUGCUCGGUAGUUGCGCUUUCUUCAGCAAAAUCUGGAUUGAUGUCUCUAAUUCAAGUGCUAAGGAUGUCGCAAAACAACUAAGGGAGCAACAGACUGUGAUUCCCGGUCACCGUGAGGACUCCAUGGUCCACGAACUUAAUCGUCAUAUCCCAACUGCUGCGGCUCUCGGAGGUCUUUGGAUUGGUGCCCUUUCGGUAGUUGCUGACUUCCUCGGCGCAAUUGGCAGUGGAACCGGUAUUCUCUUAGCAGUGACAACUAUCUACCAGUACUACGAAGUCUUUGUUCGGGAACAAAAUGAGAUGGGUGGCUCAAUGAGCACUCUCUUCUUCUGA